AUGCCGAAGGAUAAACAUGGCAACGCAGAUACUAGCGCUCUCGUCGAGGUUGUGGUCCCCGCUCCCACUCGUGGUAUGAUGGGCUGGGCUAUGCUAGGCCCUGGGGAGACCUUGACGCCGCACAAAUCAUGGGGAGGAUCGGAAAUCAAACAACAGAAUAUUCUUUCAAGAAGCCGUAAGCGACCUGAAAGAGAUUCCGCAAGCCGCGGACCGGAGCGUGAGCCAGAGUCCAAACGGAGGGCAUCCGAAAAGAAUAGCUCGUCAAGACAACAUAUUGAGGCCGACAUGAGGCGAGAGAUAACGCGCCUUGGAAUUCAAAAUGAUCUAUAUGCCCUUGCGGAGUCAGAGGAGACUCGAAGACUCCAGGCUGAGGUGAAACGCCUAGAAAACGUCAAAGCCGACCUGAACAAAACGGUGAACCGGCUGAUGUCCAGCGCCGCUCAGCUAACAUCAGGGGAGCCUGGAACGGAUAAGGACAGCUUGUUACGCAAUAAGGAGGCGGUAAUCCAGGAGCAGAUAAACGUAAUUAAGGACCUUGAAAGAACCCUGAGCAAGUGCUUUGAGCAAGAGGCCAUUCGUUCGAAAGUCCGCGAUAUAGACCUGGCAACGAGUGCAACCAGUAUUGGUGAUGCAAUGACGGCUAUCAAACUCGGCAUUGUUAGUACAGCAGAUCUGUUAUCAAGCUGUAUACACCCUCCUAAUAAAAUCCCCCGCCGUUCUGUGGUUGGCUCCAACAUUCGAGAUCUAUUACAGAUAACAGGUAAUGACAACAAAGCACUUCGACUAAUGCCCGAUUUGGCCUUCCGGGCAAUACUUUUCCGGAUAGUCUGCGGUCACAUUCUAUGCUCUGAGAUGUGGGCAGUUUUCCACACCGGAGGAUUCAUGUUGCGAGCCUACCAACGGGCUAUCCAACACGCCUGUAUCGAGUUCGCCGAAACAUUUCACAAAGCUGCUCUUCUCCACAUGGUGGGACAUGACACGCAGUUCGAAACAUGCUUUCUGGCCGCGCACGCAAAGGAACUACAACAAUAUACAAUCCAGAUGCUAGAGCCGCUUCUUGACCCCGCAAAGGUAGAGAAAACGAAAGCGGACCUCCGUCGGGUCAUGGAUCAUCUGUUCCUCCAGGCAUUCUCCUUUCGGGCCCAAUGUCUCCCACCAGAUGGAGUACGCUACGAAGUUAUCCAGUUCAAGCCGGGCGAGCCGUUCAACCACGACACUAUGGAGGCACACGAUGUGACAGGCAACCGAUACCAAUUAUCAGGCUUGGUCGAGGGAACGAGACGACGGAUUAAGCUAUGCGUUCAUGGUAUGGUGGUGGCGCACCGCUUUCAGGAUAGCCAGGUGGAGGGUCUCCAAAAGAUGAAAGCGAUAGGCGAGUCAUUUAUAGCUUCAGAAGUCACAGGCAGUAACGGAGUAACAGGGGGAGACAUCGUCACUGAAAAGGCAAUUGUAAUUUUGGAUUGA